AUGUCAUACCUACCCUUAUAUAAUAAUAAUAAUAAUAUUAAUAAUAAUAAUAAUAAUAAUAAUAAUAGAAUUAAUAACAAUAAAGAAAAGGGUGUAAAAAAUAAACCAUUUCAGAUUUUCAUAUCAAUAGUAUUUAUAGUUUUUUUAUGUUUUUUUUUGAUUUGGAGUAUGGAAGCAAAAAAAGAUAAAAACAUUAAAAUUAAUAAAAUUUCAAACAUUGAUCAAAAAAACUCACCCAAUUUAAUCAAUGAACCAAUUAACAAUAAUAAGAAUAACAAAAAUAAUAUUCCAAAAAAUCAUAAACAAUUUAAAAAUAAAAAAGGCUUAAUUAAAUCAUUUCAAUAUGAACCAUUUGCAUAUAAAGCAUUAAGAAAUGAAGAUGGAUUCGAAAUUUCAAUAGUAACACAUGUCCCAAUUGAAAAUAUGGAAAAGAUUGCAAUGAUUGCAGAUAUUUGGAGGGCACCUAUUUCAGCAUCAGUUUUAAUUAAAAAUAAAAAUGAUAUAGACAGUGUUUAUAAAUUAAUUAGAAAUAGUUUAUCAGUAUCUGAAUUUGUUGAUUUUCAUUUCUUAUAUUGGAAUGAAGAUAGUGACUCAAUUAUUAAUAAUAAUAAUAAUAAUAUUAUAAAUAAAAAUAAAAUUAAUACAAAUGAGGAAGAUAAUCUCAACUAUUAUUAUUAUCCAAUUAAUUCAUUAAGAAAUUUAUCAUUAAAAAAUUCAAAAACCGAUUGGAUUUUAACAAUUGACAUUGAUUAUUUACCAAACUAUGGUAUAUAUCAAUAUCUAGAAAGAACUUUAUAUACAUCACUUCAACCAAGUAAAAAAUUAAUAAAUAGCGAUUUAGUAUCAUUUGUAGUCCCAUCAUUUCAAUUAACGUCAAUCUCAACAAAAACAGCACCAACCACAAUAUCUACACAAUCUCCAACACCAAUUUCAACACUCAAAAAGACAACAUUAGAAAAUAAAAAUAAAACAAUAUCAACAAUGUCAACAACAAUGUCAACAACAACAACAACAUCUGCAACAACAAAUACAAAAAUAACAACAAAAAUAAAUAAACCAUUAAAAAAAGUUAACAGAUAUGAUUUACCAGAAACUAAAUUUCAAUUACAAACAUUUAUUUAUGAUGAUAAAUUAAUUGAAAUUUUAAAUAAAAAGUCAUGUUUAAAAUGUCAAUCACCAACAAAUUAUAAUAAAUGGUUUUCAUUAAUUGAUACAACAAAUCCAUCACCUUAUAAAAUUGAAUAUAGUUGGAUGUAUGAUCCAUACUUAUUAUAUAAUAAAUCUCAAUUAUUAGAAUUUUAUGAUGAACGUAUUUUCAAAGAGUACCCAUCAUCAUCAACAUUAUCAUCAUCCACCACCACCAACGAUUAUGAUAAAAUUUCAUUCACUUUUUCUAUGGCAUCACAAGGUUUUCAAUUUUUUAUUUUACCUGAUGCAUGGUUAGUUAAAAUGAAUGAUAAUGAAGAUAAUGAUAAUGAUAAUGAUGGAAAUAAUAAUUUAAUUUUUAAUAAUUUAAAUAAUAAUAAUAAUAAUAAUGAAUAUAAUGAAAACUUUUAUAUAGUUUGCAAUAGUAUUUUACCAGAUUCAAAAAUUAAAAAUAAUCAUAACCCACAUAAAAAAUUAUUUAAUGAGCCAUUAACUAAUGAAUGUUAA